AUGAGGAUAGGCUGCCUUCAGUUCGCUCCCCAAGUGGGCGAUAUCGACAAUAACCUCAACCGCGCCGACUCUGUUUUGAGCAAGGCGGAUACGGACGAUCUCGAUCUUCUUGUACUGCCUGAGCUGGCUUUCUCAGGAUAUAACUUCAAGUCGUUACAGCACAUUUCACCUUUUCUCGAGCCAUCAGGCUCCGGCAUCACCUCCUUGUGGGCUCGAACCACAGCCCUCAAGUACAACUGCAAUGUGGUCGUUGGAUAUCCCGAGAAGGUCGAUGUUACGAAUCAGUGGCCUACGGGACCCGAAUACUAUAACUCCGCUAUUGUAGUUAACGGAGAUGGAGAGACGAUCGCAAACUACCGGAAAAGUUUCCUCUACUACACUGAUGAGACCUGGGCACUCGAGGGGAAUAGAGGGUUUUAUGAGGGUUGGAUUCCCGGACUUGGAAACACCUCCAUUGGCAUCUGCAUGGACUUGAACCCCUACAAGUUUCAGGCGCCUUGGCAUGCGUUCGAAUUUGCUUUCCACAUUCUCGAAUAUGAUUCGAACUUGGUUAUCAUUUCGAUGGCGUGGAUGACUAGGGAAGAUGGCCGCCUGUUCAGCCGGAUGCCAAAUGAACCAGACAUGGACACACUGACCUACUGGGUCACCCGUCUGGAGCCUCUGAUCCGGGCGGAAAAUGAUGAGGAGAUCAUUGUCGUCUUCUGUAAUCGCACUGGUAACGAGGAUGACGCGGUCUACGCUGGUACGAGUGCAGUCAUUGGGAUUCAGGGUGGCGAGGUCAAGAUAUACGGACUCCUCGGCCGAGGCGAAAAGGAACUGCUGGUCAUCGAUACCAACAAUGCGCCGUACGCAAAGCUGGUUUACCGUCCAGAGCCCGAGAGGCCGUCUGCUGUACACUCUGAGUUGCAACAGUCUGGAAACAGUCCCUCAACGCCAGCAUCAAAUGCAUCAAAAGGCACGAAACAAGGGUUUUCCUCGCAUACUCCAACCCAGCCAACGUCACCUCCGACCAAACCACCCUCUGUUUCCACCUCUUCUUAUCAGUCGCCAAAGAGAUUGCCAGCGUCAAAGCAAACUAAGUCGCCGCCAGCGAGGAUUCAAAUCCCACCGACUGAUUCCUCCGCCGGAGCUCACUUCCGAGGCAUCUCAGCGAAGUCCACUGAGUCCAAUCUGCCGACGCCAACUGCUCCGAGCCCGACACCUAUGGCAAUCAGGCCCAAAUUGAUCAUCCCACAGUCGCCUCCUCUCGAGCCAUGGCAAUCCGGAAGCCCAGUUCCGCAGAGCAGCCAGUCCGUCCGCUCUGUUCAGUCGGUUCUCUCCAAUCAGUCGGUCGCCUCAAACCCUCGUCCACCUGAAGACAGCACUCCUUAUCCCCAUAGCGGCGCACCCUUGAGUGGGUAUCCUACAAGCAACCGCGCUGUGGACAAGAACUUGAAGAUCUACGGCGGCAGUGUUUCAAUAACGCAGAUGCCUUUCACUCCCAUCACCCCGUUUGACGACCAGUCGCCAUUGGAGCCUCGCUAUUUCUGGCGGCCUUCUGAGACACUAUUGAAGACUCCGAUGGAGUCAAAAGGUCGAAAUGGGGUCGCAGAGCCGGAUCACACCAGAACCCAAUCCUUCAACUUUCCUCCUUUCCCUCAGAACGAGCCAACUGCUCGCGCGCAUUCCUCAAACUCCAUGCGCACAGUAGCCACUGCUGGUAGCACAAAGUCAAAAAAGGCCGCUGAUCAGCCGCCAACUGAGCGGAAACGUGCCCCGUCUCAGAGCUCGAAGGCACGCCACUCUAGCAAGACACGUUCUGGAGAUUCAAACAGCUCGAAAGGCGAUGGUCAAAGGAAAGAGGUCCCUAGAGGUGACUCUGCUACACCAGCCCGGCCGUCAUCGCCAAAGUCGCGCAACGCCAGUCGAACAAGAAUGCUAGACCGAUCCGAGUCCGCCUUGGCACACCGCGAACAAGUCUCGCAGCAGCUAGGAUCCAUCUCUCAAAGGGCAGAAUCAGUCAACAGAAAUCGAGCUCAGUCGGAGGAAAAGAGAACCGAAACUCCUCAGCCCGACCGGCCGUCCUCCCCAAAGUCUCGCAACUGCAGCAGGAGCCGCCCAAGUGAGCAUCUCUCGUCCAUCCUGAUCGCAGCCAGUCCGAGUAUUUACCAUGACGAGUACAAUCGACGAUCACUUCCAGCACUGCCGGACACUCAGAACACCCAACCUCAGCGUCCGAUGUCCCGAAUGAACAACCGCGCAAGAACCGGUUCGAUAACAGAAGCUGAGCGUGAGAACCUAAGGAAUGCUCGUCCUUCUUCCAGAGCUUCAAUGAGUGGAGGACAAGUCGGACCACGUUCCGCUUCACGUGCGGCUAGCCGUGGCCGACAACCUGGUGCAAAGUUCUCACCGCCCAAGAUGUCACCUCACGAUCCUUCCCUUCCAGUAGAGCACGCGUCUGACGAGAUAGUCCGCAUCGAACGGGACAGAGCAAGUUCAAUCGCAUCCAAGCCUCCCAUCAGCUCUCCGGCUUCCGAGCCCAACUUUGAAAGAGUAGAGGCUAUUGUUUGCCCCAACUGUCCUGUUCACGGACGGCACUCUACAGGAUCAGUUCCAGGGUCUACUUUAACCUCUUCAGAACACAGACUAUCUCCGGGUCUGACAUCUGGUCGAUCAGCGUCGUCCCCGGCUGCAUCGCAUGUUACUGAAAGCGCUGUUGCCGCAUCGGCCAGCGCUGUAGGCAAUGAUCCUGGGUUCUCGGCCACCAAAUCUCCCAAAGUCAGCGACGCAACCUCUUUGGCUGAGACGAUUGAGACGAUAUCGAGCUCCGGCCGAUCGCCAUCUACACCACUGUUCGAACCCAAGACUCCUCGUGCCAUGGUCAUCAUUCGUGACGUCGAGCCUUUCGGCGUUGAAGGAAAGGGUUUCUCAGACUUGGCGGGUAGUUUUCCUGAUUUGAUUUGCACCGAUAGAACUGUCGGCCCAACAGCAGAUGGACCGCAAGUCGUAGCAGCAUAG